AUGCACUCGAACCUUCUUGGGAUAUUCGAUUUCGGGCUAACAAGGAGAAAGCGACGCGGUGAGGUUUUGGAGGCAAACGGCAGUGAUCCGAACCUCCUAGGCACGUUGCUGAAAGACGCAUUGAGACCCGUCCACUAUCGACGCCGGUUACAGACCACCGUUACCGAGGCACAAAAGUUUGCGACUGAUUACUGCAACCGCCAUGACGAGGUUGCCGACCUUGACGGGCUUCUGAAGCAGAUCGAGACGUUCUCUGACGAUGUUGGUAACUAUAUCGGUCAAUUAGAUCAAAUCACGAGGGAUCUGAUUCAAAUGGAAUUCAACCUGGUCUCUAUCAAUGAGGCGCGCCAGUCAGUGAAGAUGGCGGCGAGCUUGAAGAGAUUGAGUUGGAUCACGUUCAUUUUUUUACCUCUGACCUUCAUAGCAACCUGUUUUGGUAUGAACAUUGAUAUCCUAGAAACUGAACCCCCGUGGUAUUACUAUCUUCCCUUUGCCGGGGUCACAAUCUUUCUCACUUCGGCGGUGUGGCUCCUCUUCAAGUACAGCAGGUUGGAGGAUAGCAUCGAAAGGGUAAUGGGUUCGGUGCUCACGAGGAAGCAAGCCGAUAACGACGGAAGACAAAUGUUCCAUUUUUGA